GAGCGGCUGGGAUUGGGACGGGGCCCUGUAGUCUGGGACGGGUCCCUCCUCCUGCAGCGCGAGCGGGCGGAAGGGGGAUGUGAUGUAAGCGGUGCUGGACUCGGUUCGGAUCGGUUCUGAGGAUUUACCGAUGCGCUGAAACACGGAGCGGAGCUGUUCGGUUCGGGCUAAUUCGGUUCGGAUUAUCGCGCGGAGAGAGAGGAGGGCGGACGGAGCAGAGAUGUAGUGUGUGUUGUGCUAAGAGAGACUCUGAUGCCUCACCAUGUUCCUGUUCCUGCUGCUGGUCCUACACUCUAAAACCCAUGCCCAGAUAGACCCAGCACUCUGUCGGUAUCCUCUCGGCAUGGAGGACGGCAGGAUCAAAAACGAUGACAUCACUGCCUCUAGCCAAUGGUACGAGACGACAGGGCCGCAGUACGGAAGGCUGAAUAAGGAGGAGGGUGAUGGUGCCUGGUGUCCUGCUGGUCAGCUGCAGCCCUCAGAUGUUCAGUAUCUUCAGGUGGAUCUGCGGCAGCUCACCUUCGUUACUGUGGUAGCCACGCAGGGUCGCUACGCCCGCAGCUCUGGCAACGAGUUUGCUCGCAAAUACCGCCUAGACUACAGCCGAGACGGCCACCGCUGGAUCUCCUGGAGGAACCGCUAUGGAAGCGAGAUUAUUAAGGGUAAUGUGAACACGUACGCUUCAGUGGUGAAGGAUCUUCAUCCCCCCAUCAUCACCCGCUUCCUGCGCCUCAUCCCCGUCACCGACGCCGUAAACACCGUCUGCAUGCGCGUGGAGGUGUUCGGCUGCCCCUGGCAAGAUGGGUUGACUACGUACAGCGCUCCGGAGGGCCAGACCAUGAUGGCUCCAGGAUUUCCCAACACCCUCCUCAACGACUCCACAUACGACGGGGUUCUGGAGCGCAGGCAACUGCUGGGGGGGCUGGGUCAGCUGACGGACGGUGUGAUUGGUCAGGAUGAUUUUGUUCAGACCCGGCAGUACCAGCUCUGGCCGGGGUACGAUUACCUGGGCUGGAGGAACGACAGUCUGGGACCCGGAUAUGUGGAGAUGGAGUUCCAGUUCGACAGGCAGAGGAACUUCACCUCCAUGAAGGUUCACUGCAACAACAUGUUCUCCCGCGGGGUAAAGGUGUUCUCGUCCGUGUCGUGUGUCUUUAAGCCCCACCUGAUCUCGGAGUGGGAGGCGGAGCCUGUGGUGUUCUCCACGGUUCUGGACGACCGGAACCCCAGCGCUCGCUACGUCACUGUUCCACUACUGCAGCGCUCCGGAACCGCCACCCGCUGCAGGUUCUUCUUCGCCGACACCUGGAUGAUGUUCAGCGAAAUCUCCUUCCACUCUGCGAUGAACCCUGUGCCCACGCCAUGGUCUCGUGUGAUGACCACGCCCCUGUCUGAAACAGAGAGUCCAGCACUGUCCACAGGAAAGACAGGUGUCACCACAGUACCGCCCAAAACCCAGUCUCCUGAAGAGGGCGGGACCUCUAUUCUGAUUGGUUGUCUGGUCACCAUCAUUCUGCUGCUGGUGGUGAUCAUCUUCCUGAUUCUGUGGUGCCAGUAUGUGUAUAAAGUGCUGGAGAAGGCUCCGAGGCGUAUCCUGGAGGAGGAGGUGACGGUGCGCCUGUCGUCCUGCAGCGACACCAUCGUCCUGCAGACGCCGCCGGUUCCUCCUCGCGUGUCUCUGGAUCCUCCGUACGAGCGCGUAUUCCUGCUGGACCCUCAGUACCAGGAUCCUGCAGCUCUCAGAGUCAAACUCCCAGAGCUGAGCCAGAGCGCAGAGGCCUCAGAGUGUGGUGGUGGUUAUGCUGAGCCGGACGUUACCCAGUGUACCCCUCACCAGGGCUUCCAGACCAGCGUGCCGCACUACGCCGAGACGGACAUCGUAAACCUUCAGGGCGUUACCGGAAGCAACAUGUACUCUGUUCCCGCGGUAACCGUCGACUCCCUGACCAGGAAGGACAUCUCAGUGGCUGAGUUUCCACGGGAACGGCUCAUCUUCAGAGAGAAGCUGGGGGAGGGCCAGUUCGGGGAGGUGCACCUGUGUGAGGCGGAGGGUCUGGCUGAGUUUCUGGGGGAGGGCGCUCCGUUACCAGAGCAGGACGGAAGAUCAGUUCUAGUGGCUGUAAAACAGCUCAGAGCCGACGCCACCAGUAACGCCAGGAACGACUUCCUGAAGGAGAUAAAGAUCAUGUCUCGGCUGAACGACCCGAACAUCAUCCGGCUGCUGUGUGUGUGUGUGCGGUCUGACCCACUGUGCAUGGUGACGGAGUACAUGGAGAACGGAGAUCUGAACAUGUUCCUCUCACAGCGAGAGCUCGAGAGUACCCUCACCCACGCCAACAACAUCCCCUCCGUCAGCAUGGCGGAUCUGCUGCACAUGGCGGUGCAGAUAGCAUCAGGGAUGAAGUAUCUGGCGUCUCUGAAUUUCGUGCACCGUGACCUGGCUACGAGGAACUGCCUCCUGGACCGUCAGCUCACCAUAAAGAUCUCAGACUUCGGCAUGAGCAGGAACUUGUACAGCAGCGACUACUACCGCAUACAGGGCCGCGCCGUGCUGCCCAUACGCUGGAUGGCCUGGGAGAGCAUCCUGCUGGGUAAGUUCACCACGGCCAGUGAUGUGUGGGCGUUUGGUGUGACCCUGUGGGAGAUCUUCACCCUGUGCACAGAACAGCCGUACAGCCUACUGACGGACGAGCAGGUGAUCGAGAACAGCGGAGAGUUCUUCAGGAACCAGGGGAGACAGAUCUAUCUCUCCCCUCCUCCGCUCUGCCCCCCCUCUCUGUAUGAGCUGAUGAUGCGCUGCUGGAGUCGGGAUAUCAGAGACCGCCCCUCCUUCAGCAGUCUGUACCAGGCCCUGCGACCUCACGCCCACCACUCGUGACUCACGUGCUCCACAGCCAAUCACCUCAGAGCACGAGCCCAGUUCUAACCAAUCAGCUGUGAGGACGAGCCUGGAGUCCGUCUGGGGUCUUUCUCUUUGUCCGUGGAGGAGAGUGGACCGGGCAGGCGUGGCUUAGCGGUGGUGUUAACGGAGAGGAACCGGGAGCCGAAAACAUCACUCCAGAUAAUCAUCUCCAGACCCGAGUCCUUCUCAGUAACUGUACUGGUGAACCCCCACUGCACGGUUUAGUGUUUAGCCUGCUCACUAGUACACACACACUCACUCACACACACACACACAAUGCUAGUACACCUACAACACCCUUGGAAACCAAAGCUACACCGUAGCAACCAUACACUUUUUUGGCCACGUCCUAGCGAUAUCCUAGCAUCCUUAUCUAGGAUUCCACAUAGCAACCACCAUGAAUAACUUGACUACCAAGCAGCAUCCUAGCAACCAGUAGGUGGACAUGGCAUAGCAAGCUACUAACCAUUAAACAACUUCCUUGCAACAUGCUAGCAA